ACGUGAAACGGAAACGUCGUUGAACACAUAUUACCACGGAAGAAUGAAGUUACAUCUUUGGUUUGUUUUGGCUUUGACAGUCUAUCAGAAGUGUCAUUGCAGCAGGGAGUUUGUACAUCACUUCGAGAUAUCACAAAACGACAUACCUUCGAAACUUCAAGGAAGUCAUAGGCAAACACGAUUUCGGCGUGAUGCUGACUCAGUUUGCCAAUCACAAGAAACAACAUUUCUUACCGAUGUUCUUCAGAAGAAGACGCAAAUACUGGAAAAAAGAGUAUUUCAGAAUGAUAGUAAUACAGGAAUGGCUUUGGCCUGGGCCGGUACUCAUGGGACAAUGAUAGUAGUGACAAGUCAAGAAUCUUUUGGUAUAGCAACAGGUGCCUCUAAUAUAUAUAGAACAGAAGACUAUGGUAAGACAUUUGAGAAUAUUACCAGUAAGCUUAGUAAAGAGCCAACUUUCAUCAGAAAGCAUGCUGGGAUAUUUAGACAUACAGAUGAUACUAAUAAGGUAUAUUUAGUAUCUGUUCGUCCUGAUGGAACAGUACUGUACAUAACAGAAGACAGUGGAAAAAGUUUUGUAUCCGUAAAGCUAAACUUUCAGAUAGAUGGACAAUUACAUUUUAAUCCUAAAAACAAAGAAUAUUUGAUGGCAUCUUCAAGUGUUCUUACAGUCAAGAAAAAAUCCAAAGAAAUAAAAAGACAGACCAUUUAUGUGAGUGAGGAUAAUGGUAAAAACUGGAAAAGGAUUGCAGACUCUGUCCAAGUUUUUAAAUGGGGUUCCAAUUCAAAAGUGGAUACAGAUCAGACUAUAUAUGCAGCAAUUGAUUCAGCCAAUACUCAUCCAUUCUUUGCCACAUUUUUUGAAAUCAAGUAUGAUUUAAAGAAGUCAACCGACCUUGGAAAAAGUUGGACAACUUUAAUGAAAGAUGUUAUAUCAUUUGGACACCAAGACAAGUUUCUUUAUGUAGCUGUUCCAGAAAAAGCAGGGAGUUCUCUAAGAAAAAUGUUGGUCUCAACAGAUGGUGGAGCAUCAUGGGAUAGAACGUACUUACCAACGAUGAAUGGUGAAAGGUUUUUCUCUGUUUUGGAUAUGAAUGAAGGAUUGGUAUUCAUGCAUGUGGAUAAUCCAGGAGAUACUGGUCAUGGUACGCUGUACACAUCAUCAGGAAAGGGAAUGUUAUAUUCAGAAUCUUUACAGAAACAUUUAUACCCUAACUAUGGAGAUUCUACAGAUUUUUUCCGUGUUCAGUCAAUGAGAGGAGUUUAUAUUGCCAGUCAGAUGAGAGAUGAUAAUAGCAUCCAUACAGUUAUAUCAUACAAUCUAGGAGGAACAUGGCAUCCAGUUCCCAAACCUCCCGGCUCUACAUGCAAAGAUCCUAAAAAGGAAUGUGCCUUACAAAUACAUGGGACAUACAGUAGGAGCAGAGGGAUUAUUUCAGAAUUACCUCUUAGUGUCCCAAGUGCUACAGGUGUUAUACUAGUUCAUGGUCAUGUAGCUGAUGCAUUACAGACUACCAAACCAGAUGUGUAUAUAACUACUGAUGGUGGAUAUUCAUGGAGAAAGGCUUUAGAUGGUCCCCAUCAUUAUCACAUAGCAGACAGUGGAAGUUUACUGGUGGCAGUUCCAGCAGAUACCACUCAACCAAAAGUUAUCAGAUUUUCUACAGACGAGGGAAGAUGUUGGCAUACCUAUGAUUUCAUUGGCAAGGAGAGUAAUGAAACUGUCAUGUUUACUGGACUGUUAACAGAGCCAGGGUCCAAGGCCUUGACUGUCAGUAUAUGGGGCUAUAGACCAGACACAAAGAAGUGGACCACAUUUAUCAUUGAUUUCCAAAAAAUAUUCAAAAAGAAAUGUGAUACUUCAACAGAUUAUGUAACAUGGGUACCCCACGAAACAAAUAAUGAAAAAGGAAAUAUACAAGGAUGCCUACUUGGAAAAAAAGAAACUUUUAAGAAAGUGAAAAAAGACUCAUGGUGCUAUAAUGGUGCAGAUUACCCAUUGGAACAUACAGGAGAAUCCUGCACAUGUGUCAGGGAUGAUUAUGAAUGUGAUUAUGGGUUUUACAGACCUGAUGGUAGGGAUGAUUGUGUAGAACAGCCUAAUUUUAAUUUACCUAAGGUGGAUGUAUGUAAGCAAGGUCACGAAGAACAAGUUAUAACACAAGGAUAUAGAAAAAUACCGAAUGAUAAAUGUGUAGGAGGAUUUUCACCUAAAGGAAAACUGAUAAAUUUAGGUGAAAAGUGUGCGUCAAAACACGAGGGUCAAAUACAGGUGGAAGAAGUACCGCAAGAAACAAAGAAAUCUCACAAUGCCAGUGCUAUAGUAGCUGUGUUUGUGAUUGUUGCUUUAAUAGUAACAAUUAUGGUUGGAUUUUUUGUUUAUAAAUAUAUCAUAUUACGUAAACAUAAUGUGACCUAUAGAUAUUCAUUACUAAACCAAAAUGAUGGUGUAAGUUACGAUGAUGAAUUAGAAAAUGCAUUAACCAAAGCAGGAUUAUAUCACGAUUCUUCAGAUGAUGAGGAAUUGAAUUCCCCUGCUGUGAAGAAACAGAAUGAUACGGCCAGUAAUGGUGGAUCACAUGUACCAAAGGAACAGAGACCAUCAAGGAAAAAUCAGUUUAAAAGUGAUGUACAAUCAUACCAUGAUGAUUCUGAUGUGGACAUGAUUCAAUAGACAACUGUGAUAUGGACGGAGGAGAAUUCUCAACAUUCCCAGAUCUCAUUCUCCAAGGGAUGAGAAAUCCAGGACAGGGAACAAACUAUACAAUCCCAUUGAUACAAAAUCCAUUCCAGUGUUGGGUUAUUUCAUUAAAUACUCUUCAUUUACUUGUAUAGAAAUGAUAAUAAGUAUUAAGUUAUUGUUAAAUGCUUGUAUUUGCUUUUUUCUUCAUCUUGUUAUUAAUAAUGAAAAGCUAAGAAAGGAGUUUUAUACAUUCAAGAAGGAAAUAUUUAUGUUUUUAUGGCUGCUCUAUUUACUUUUUAUAUGUGUGUCUGAGAAAGUCAUUUGGCAAAAGAGGAUAAAUUUCCAUAACACAUAUUUGCCUUUCUCAACUCUCUCUUCAGAUUCAAAUUUAAUUUUAUCGACACAUUCCAUAGAAACAAAUUUCCUUUCUCAACACACUCUAUAGAAACAAAUAUGACUUUCUCAAAAUACUCCUUAGAAACAAAUAUCCUUUCUCGAAAAUGAUCAUUGAAACAAAUUCCUUUCUUAACAUUCUCCAUAGAAACAAUCUGCAUAUCUGGAAACACUCUAUAGAAAAAAAAUAGGAUUUUUCUCAUAUUCUAAUGGUUACAUAUAUUUAAACAUACCACUCACCAAAGAUGACACACAGACAGCCUUGGGUAGAAUUAGUGUGAUACAUAGUUAACCUUACCUAAUAAGAAAUUAUGUGUAUCUUUGACUUUAUGCUAUUCAUAAAAUGUUUUAUGUGGGACAUACACAUAUCUUUAUAUUAUAUCUAUAAUGUUCACUGUCUUUACAUUUUGAAGGGGGAAUAUUACUUUUUUCUUAAACAGUUGUUUUAUAAGAACCUUUAACAUGGCUUUAUUUAAGUUUAGAGAUUCUACACUUUAACAAAUGCUGCAUGAUGGAGUUAUGCAUAAAUAUAUUAAUAAAAGUUUUGAUAUGGUUUGCAAGAUAGAAAUUUUAAAAUUGUCUUUCAUAUUGUGUAUGUAAAAAUUGAGAAAAGUGUAUAUAUGUAUGCCAAAAUUUUGUUGAAAGUUAAUAAUUGUUAGUAGCACAUCUAUAGGCUCAUCUAAUACUGUACAUGAAAUAUAUACUUUUGUGUACAGUUUACAAACUCCUGUAGAUGAUGAUUGAGAGUACUAAUAUAUGAUAUUCAGAACUUGUCAUAGUUAUUUAUUUUUUAAGGUGUAGAAUAUUUGUUUUAUUAUUUAUAAUGAAAAUUCACAUGUUUUUAUAUGUAGUAUCUCUGAUACAUCUUAUAUUUUUGAGAAAAAAGUAGAUCAAUUUUAUUUUAAUGUAGAAAUAAGAGAAUAGAUAAUUGUUAAAAUAUUUCUUUGAUUUGCUUAUAGAAUUACAUUCACAUUGAAUUACUGCAUAAAAUAUACUUUUAUCAAAAUGCAUAUCAUUUUUUUCCGUUUAUUAUUUAAAGACUUAUUUUGCUUUUGUUUAUGUAAUCCUCUUCAAUAUACUUUAGGCUGUUCCCAAGAAAUGUAUAUAUGGUAUAGUUGAAGCAUUUUUACUGAUCCUAAGAACUAUAUAUAUAUAUUGAUGAUAAUAUGUACUCAAAGUAUGUUUAUUUCUAGACAAUUUAUGCUACUCUAAACCUGUUGAUAACUCUUUAUAAACUUUAUAGGGCUCAACAAGCCUUGUGUUUCAAACAUUAAAAUGUAACCAUACCAAGAUGUAGGAGAAUUCCCCUAUAUUUGUUUGUAACUAAAAUGUAGCAGUUUCAAAUAAACAAUAUAUAUUUUUAUGGAACAGCCUUUGUCAUAAUGUGAACAAGUCCAUGUCAAAUAAAAAGUAUUUUAUAUGACUUGAGAUAUAUUAUAUAAUAGACACAAAUGGCUAUGGUAUAAAUUUGAAUCUUGCACUAUAUUCACACAAGUAAUCAGAUGAAAUCCACAUUGUUUGACAAUGAUUGCAUUAUGUCAUAAAAAAAUUGUAUAUAAGAAAAACUUUUCUUUAUGGUCUAAUGAACUCUAGUCUCUUGUUUAUAUUUUAUCAUGUAUUCCUAAUGUGCUACCAAACUUUAAAGUUUAUGUUGUUAUAAGAAUUCGGUAGUUGGUCAAACAAGAACAUUCAUACCAAACCCCAACAGUAGAAACCAUAUUCGGUCAUUUCUUUAAGAUAUGAAAAAUUUAUAGAUUUCUGCAUCUGUGAAUUUUUUCUGUAAAGAAUAGUAAUUGUUUGGUAUGUGGCAUGUUUUCUCUCCAUAAUUUGUGAGGAUUAGCUGUAUAUACAUCAUGUGCCAAAUAAAAACAACAUGCAAUGAAAUCAGCAAUAUGGUUGUUUUCAAAUUUUACAAUAUAAAAAAGAUUUUCUUCGAUAUAAAUAAAUGAGUGUUGGUAGGGGAUAACUUUUCAUUCAAUUAAAGGCAUUUUAUGUAAGACAUAGUGAAAAUAUCUAACAAAAUUUGAACAAAGUGAACUUAAAAUCACAUGCUCAAAGUUUCAAAAUUUCAUGGUAUGUGGGAAAAAAUACUUUUGUUUUAAUUUAUUUAUAUGCUUGAUGUGAUUGAGAUAAAUGAACAAAUGAAUGUGAUGAAUAAGUAUGAAUGUGUAUGUGGUUUAUUAUGACUAUAUUAUACUUUGUUUUGAAGAUUUUCCUUUACAUUUUAUGGAAUGGGCAAUUCUGAACUGUUUUACAGUGUUUGAGAAAAAUAUGAAACUGAAUAAUUUUAACUCUUUACUUCCAUAAAUCUAUUUCAUUGACAUAUGUUUUUUUGCUUAUUAAUAUCUCAUAUUUUUCAACAUAUCAAUUUUGAUCAUAGUCCAUGGCUACUGGAUAUUUUAAUGUAAAAGCCUAAUAUAAGAAUAUAAGCCACUUAAAUUACCCAGAGUACAAACAUUUGAAAAAAAUGUUAUCUGGAAAAAACCUUUUCAAUGAAUAAAGUAAGAUGGCUAGAUGUGUCCAGUUAUUGCAGACAAUUGUUUAGUUGGAGUUUUAUUUUAGGUUAUUUAUUUUAGGUUCGCAGAGCUUCAGUUUCUAUCAGUUUCCUAUUUUUCUUAUUCACAGUUGUCCAGAUAUGUCUAAUGCUUUAUGGUUUACAGAAUGUCGGAUGCACAAUUUUCUGCAUUGAAAAAAUGAAUUUAUGCAGCCCAAUAAUACUGAAACUGUUAACCAACUCUAGAAGCAUAAUAAUUUUAUACUUGCUAAUACAUUACUCUUUAAAGAAAAGGUUCUUUAACUGAAGGAAGAUUUAACUGUUAUAUUGAUGCCUGUCAAAUUAUCAAAUUGAUGUGGAUUGUAAAAUAGGAUAGUGGUACAUGGAAUUAAUAAGGUGUAAUGACAUGUUUUUUUAUAAGUUUGCAGUCUGGAACAUUUCCAGUAAUAUAUGUCUUUUCUUCUUUUGUUUAAAAACUAAAAAUGUAUUUAUUUUAAUGUUCAGUUUAAUUUCACUAAUUUAGUGAAAUAUUCGGUUAUAUUUUAAAGACCUCAAUGCAUUCUUUAUUUGUAAACAAAAUAUGUGUAAUACCUUUUUUUUUCCUAAUGAAUUCAUGUACAUGUAGUUACAAAUAACUCUUGUCAAAUUAAUCAAUUAAGUUAGUAGUUCAGAAUUAUUAAAAAGAAAUCGUAAUGUGCUUCCAGAUAUCAAAAGAAAACAGAAAGCUUUAAGUUUUACUCAGGUGAUUAAUUGUGUAACUGAAAAUAAGAAUUCAAAUACACAAGUGGUUGAUAGUGUUAUCUGGCGCUACAGGCAAUAUACCUGCUGUGUUUUAAAUCCGCUUCAGGACAAAAUGUAAUGAGUACCUGUAAAGGAUAUACCAGUCUGUAUCUCCUAAUUGAAAAUAUAUUAUAUUAUACUUAUUUCAGUAAACCAUGUUUUCAGUCCUAAUAUUUCUUACCAGUACGACCUAUAUACCAGAAAUGGAUGAAAGUGGAAACUUAGUAAAUAAAAGUAAUAAUAAAUGCAAGAUCUGUCCUCAAGUUUGCACCAUAGUUUAAAAAACAGGAUGAUGACAGAACAUUUCAGUUUAAAUGGCCUGCAUUUAAUGAUUAAAAUUAUAUGAGAUGUGGUUUCUAUGGUAGCAUUGUAAUUUUAUUGCAAACUAGGGUACAUGAUCUAAGAAAAUUAGAAUUUGAAGAAACACACCACUUAAAGAGAUUUUUCACAUUUAAUUUACUAUGAUAAACAAGUUUGAUGGGUGUUUUUCUCAAUGGUUUUAAAAUUGAAUGUCAGUUUAAGUAAAUGAUAUUUUUAAUUCAUCAAACAAACCACAUUUUUAUGUUAACAAAAUUUAUUCACAUAAAAUUACCUAGUAAAAUUAUGCAUUAAUGAUUUUUCAACCAUAGUUAUUAAAGUUUCAAUUAAAGGUAGUUAUUAGCUCAAUUAUAGUCUGUAGAAUAAAAUUUAAGAUAUAAUCUCCAUCAAUGUUCACAGUUGGACUAUAAACUAGUAAUUCAUUUUCAAAUUAUCAACUUUGUUUUUAAUUUUUUAUGAUAAAAAACUUGCAAGAGGAAACAAAACCUUUAAAGGACAAACUGCAUCCCUGCAUACCAUUUUCCAAACAGGUGGAAAGAGCAAGUUGUAAUGAGUGGGAUCUGAAGAUAACUUUUGACCAGCCCAGUAGUCAGCACUUCGGUGUUGACAUGAAUAUCAAUUAUAUGGUAAUUUUUAUAAAUUAACUGUUUGGAAAAGUAUGAAUUAUUCGAAAUACUAAGGAUUUUCUUAUCCCAGGCAUAGAUUACCUUAGCCGUAUUUUGCACAACUUUUUUGAAUUUUGGGUCCUCAAUACUCUUCAACUUGAUACUUGUUUGGUUUUAUUACUAUUUUGAUCUGAGUGUCACUGAUGAGUCUUAUGUAGACGAAACGCGUGUCUGGCGUAUUAAAUUAUAAGCCUGAUACCUUUGGUAACUAUUUGCUUCCUAAUUGCAUUAAACAUUUCAAGUUAAAAUGGGAAUGUAAAAUAGAUGAUUAUCUUAAGAAAGAUCAUAAAAGCUUACAUGCAUCAAAACCAUCAAAACAUGCUGUUUCUGUAUAGAUUGUAUAUGCAGGGAUACAGUUUGUCCUACCUAGGAAUUGUUUCCCUUGGCAGAAAAUUCUUUCAUUGGAAACUUUGUAGGUAAUUUGACAAAAGAUUAUUACAAUUAACAUAUUAAUGUCCUUCAGUAGAGUAGAUUUACAUUUUUGAUUUUGAAGGAGAAGAUUGUCAUAGAAAAUAGACAUAAUUUUGUACUUGACAUAUCUGGACAUGAUAUUUAAUAUAUUCAUUUGUUUUAGUGUAAGUUAAAAAGGUUUUGAUUUACAUUAAACACUUUCUAUGCAA